AUGGCUCCUUCUCUGAUUACAGUAUGCAGCAUUUACUUGUCACCAAAUGUGUCCAUAGAUCAAAAAGACAUUAAUUCCUUAUUAAAUGAGCUUCCACAUCCUUUGAUUCUUGUUGGAGAUUUCAAUGGCCAUAGCCCUCUCUGGGGUAGUGAGCGGGUUAAUUUUCGUGGGAAACAAAUUGUAGAAUUAAUUGAUUCUCAUUCUCUUUGCCUCUUAAAUAAUGGAGAACAAACAUAUUUUCAUAAGCAAAAUAGAACAUUCCAGUCACUAGACCUUGCUAUUUGUACACCAUCUUUAGCACCGAAGUUUAAUUUUAGAGUUGGAAAUGAUCUAUUGGAAAGUGACCAUUUCCCUAUUUUUUUAGAACCACUUUAUUCAAAUAGCUCUCUAAUGCAACGUCCACCUCGUUAUUUGUUCUCAAAAGCUAAUUGGGCGCUUUUUUCUGUUAUGGCAAAUAUUACAAAAACGAUGGUAACGGCUGAGAAUAUAAAUGAUGCAGUUAGUUUAGUUACUGACACAUUGAUAGCAGCAGCUGAUUUUGCUAUUCCUAAAUCUGCGGACUGCUUUCCAAAAUAUCGGAAACCAUGGUGGAACCAAGAAUGCACUAAAGCUAGGCAAAGUGAAAAAAGAGCAUGGAAUAAAUUCAGAAGACAACCAACAACAAGAAACCUCAUUCUAUAUAGUGAAGCAAAAAGUAAGGCGCGACUAGUUAGAAGGCGAAGUCAGAAAAGUUGUUGGCUACAGCAUGCUUUAUCAAAUGAAAAAGAAACUGCUCCUGGUCCGGAUGGAGUGACGUAUGGUAUACUUAAACACCUCUCUCAUGAUGCUUUGGUCAAUAUCUUGUAUAUGUUUAACAGAAUUUGGAGAGAACAUGUUUUCCCCAUUCAAUGGAAUAAUGCUAUUGUGAUACCUAUAUUAAAACCUAAUAAAGACCCUCAAAAUCUCAUUAAUUACAGGCCUAUUGCGUUAACUUGCUGCCUGUGCAAACUUCUUGAAAAAAUGGUCAAUGCUCGCUUGAUCCAUGUAUUAGAGACAAAGGAAUUUAUAUCCUCUUUCCAAAGUGGUUUCCGAAAGCGACGUUCCACUGUUGAUAAUCUUAUAGCUUUGGAGACAGACAUAAGAAAUGCCUUUCACACAGAUUAUUUAGAGUCCGAUUGGGGAAUACUCUAUCGAAAGCCUAUUGCCAAGAAGAAGGAGUGCCGCAGGGCAGCGUAUUGA